CAACAACUACAUUACGUGAAAACGUUUUGACGACAGUGUUAUUCUUUAAUGUUUGAACACUGAACAACAAUUAUUUAGAAUUUAAACGUCAUACUGCCAUACAAACCAAUACCUCAUGGUUGUUAGCCUUUCUAUGUGAUCAACAAUGUAAUUUAGAUAAAAUAAAUAAAAGAUAAGUCAUUGUCAAUAGUAAUAAUAUAACAUGAACAUUACGACAGUUUUACACUAGAAAACAGCUACAAUUAUUCAUAAAACUUUUUAACAAUAAUUUAAGUUAAUUUAAAAAAUGGGUAAAUCAAGGAAUAAAAGACAGAAGUUUAUAAAAGUGGACUCAACAAAUAUGGAUUCAAUGUUAGUAAAUCUUGAAGUAAACUUGACAAAGAAGAAAGAAAGAAAGUGUAAUAAUUUAGAAAAUGAGAACAGUUCCACUACUUUAUGUGAUAAUUUGCCAACUAAAGACAAUCUUCAAAAAAACUCUGAUAAAGAUACCAAAAUAGAUAAAAAUCAAUCAAAAUUUAAUACUGAAGAAGCUUCUGUUUUAACAACAAUAAAUAAAAAUAAUUCGACUAAAAACAAUAUAAAGAAAAAAUCGAAGAAUUCUAAAUGCCUUGAACAAGAUAUUUCGAAUACUGUCAAUGAUCUUUCUAAUAAAAAUGAUAAUCAAGAAAAUUCAAAGGAAAAGAAAAAUUCUAAAUGCCUCAAACAAGAAGAGGAUAUUUUGAAUACUUUAAAUAAAAAUAAGUUUCUAGUUAAAUCAGAAAAAAAAAAGAAAAAAAGAAAUAAAUCAAAUAGUUCUAUAAAAUUAAAUCAAAGUGACAAUAACUCAAACAUUAGUGAUUUAGAAGAACAAUACAUGUUAACUAAUAAUAAUUUAGAAUAUGAAGAGUUGGAUGAAAAUUUAUUUAAAAUGGGUAAAGAAUAUGCUUUUGCACAUUGUGUUGCUGAGGAUUUACGAAUGGGAGCUGGAAUCGCACUUGAGUUUAAGCGCACUUUUGGUUGUCUUGGCAAAUUAUUUGAUCAACAUUUAAAAGUGGGUGAUGUAGGUGUUCUAAACCACAAAAAUCAAUAUAUAUUCUAUUUAGUAACAAAAAAAUAUAGUAAUCGAAAACCUACAUUUGAUGCGUUGAAAAAUACAUUGGUUGAGUUACUUAACAAGAUGAAAAAAAAUAAUUUAACAAAAUUAGCCAUACCAAAAAUUGGUUGCGGCUUAGAUGGACUAGAUUGGUUUGAAGUACAAAAUUUUAUUAAAAAAUUAUUUUAUGGUAGUGGUAUUCACAUUACAGUGUGUGCACCCUCUUUAUCUAAGAUUACAGAUAAUAAAAUUUCAUCAAAAGCGUUAAAUAUUUAUACAACAAAAAAAAAUUUAUGGGAAAUGGAAAAUAAUACAGACAUUAUAUUAAUAAUAAAUAGACAGAAUUUAAAACAAUGUAAACUUGAUAGUAUUUCUAAUAAAAUAAAUGCCAAAUAUUCAUUUAAAGAACAGUUAUUACAUGAUGUGAACCAUCAAAAGAUUACAAAUGUAUUUGAAUAUAAGAUAGCUUAUGAAAGAAUAUUGUGCAUAAUAAAACCCUCAAAAAAUUACUAUAGUUCUAUAGAACAAAUAUUCAGACAAGAUAUGAGAGGCAUGAAUAAUAAUAGCUACACAAAAUAUUAUGCAUUACAAUUUGAAAGUCCAAUAGAAACUGUAAAAAUAAUUGAAAUUAUAAGAUCUGUGUGUUAUUAUGAUAUAUCUGAACUGUGGUUAUGUGGUAUUGAAGACUAUCCUGAGAAAACAUAUUAUGAUGUAUAUUGUAAAAGUUUACGCCAAAAAAACGUUUUCUACAAUAGAUUAUCUUUGAAUAAAAAAAAUGUUAGUAAACCAUUUCAAUUAAAAAAUAAAUUAAAUGACUUAAAUAAAUAAGAAACACUUAAAUCAGAUAUUAAAACUUUUUGGAAUCAAUCUAAAAAAGUAAAAAUAUUGAAUACAAGUAAAAACAAAAUAAUUAAUAAUUUUUGUAAAAUAAAUUUAAUCAUAAGAAACCUUAUUAAAUUAAAUUAAUCUUUUACUUAUUAAAGAAUAAUAUAAUAUUUAAUCUCACGGUGCAUAGGGUUCAAAAUCCAAGCUGCAAAGUAUUUAAAUAUUACUAAAAUACAUUUUUU